GCUUUAAGGAUUUAAAUAAACAUUAAUAAUAAUUGUUAAAUGCCAUAAACCUUGCAACAACUUUAAGAAAUCUAGAUUUGUCUCUUUUGACUACAAAUUACGCCUGAUGUCGAGCGUAGUUUCGUGCUACGUCGUGUUCUUUCGGUAAUUUCCGUUUUGAUUCGGUAAUUUCCGCUUAAUCUCCUUCCUGUGUUGAUCCCCCGUCCCCAGUAAAGCCACUCGGAGGCCAUUAUCCUGCAACCAUUUUCUUUUCUUUCAUACCCGAAGAAAAAAAAGCGUUUUAAUAAUUUCAUUAUUUAUUCGUGCAAGUUGACGAAGCUCUCGCGGGACACCUGCAGCUUUACAAAUCGCGAGGCACGCGCGCCUCGCCUCGUCAAUCCUUCGGAAAAUUUCGGCUGCUUUCGUGCCCCGCUGUUGUGAAAUGGACGCGACCGAACAGGCGGCGAAAGCGCUGCGGCUGGGCGACGCGUCUGCGGGAGAGGAGGCGGGCUCGGAGACCGAAUCGGAGGCCGAAGUCGCCACGAUGACUGUGAUGGGAGAAGCGGCGAACAUCGACAUCACCGAAUCCCUACCGAACCCCGACGAUGGCGAAACCGCGUUUGCAGCCGUCACUGUUGGGGACGUCCAGAGUUCAGAUGACACUGUCUUCACCUCCACAGUGUCCACAGCAGCAGCGUCCAUCCCUCAAACACUUCUCACCGGCAGAACCACGCUUCAGAUCGGAGACAGUCUGAGCACCCAGAAGGCCACACUGAUCGUGGUGCACACGGAUGGGAGCAUCGUGGACGCCACAGGGCUGAAGGGCACCGCGACACCUAUGACACCUGGCCCUCAAACCCCGAGCACCCCUCUGAUGUCUGGACACGAUAAGGACGUCUCGAAGUACAACUGGGAUCCGUCGGUUUAUGACAAUGAGCUUCCGGUCCGCUGCAGGAACACCAGCGGGAUUCUGUACAAAAACAGACUGGGCUCAGGGGGAAAAGGGCACUGUAUCAAACACAACAAUAACUGGUACACCCCGACUGAGUUUGAGGGUAUGUCAGGGAGAGCGAGCAGCAAAGACUGGAAGAGAAGCAUCCGCUACGCUGGCCGACCUCUGCAGUGUCUCAUUCAGGAGCGUAUCCUGAACCCUCAUGCAGCGUCCUGUACGUGUGCGGCCUGCUGUGAUGAUGUGUCAACAUUGAGUGACAUGUGUACGAAGGAGGGAUCUUUCGGAGGAGAGAACGUCUCCAUGACGGGCCCCGUCAGACUGUUCAUCCCUUAUAAAAGAAGGAAGAAGGACAGCGAGCGGGCAGCUUCUCCUGAGAAGAAGGAAGUUCAGUCUCCAAAGAACUUCACCCUGGGUCCUGGAGCAACAUUUACAGUGACUCCGUCCGGACAAAACACCACAUCAGGCACGCUGACCUUUGACCGAACAGCGACAGGAGAGACGGCGGCCAUCAUCUCCGACAUGUUGACCACUCUUCCUGCGCUGGCCGUGGUGCAGUCUAAACCCUCUCCGUCAGGGCCGAUCAUGAACGGGCUGGAGACGGCCGAGCAGCGCACCUGGCUUUACCUGGAGGAGAUGGCCAAUACACUGCUCAACAACGUCCAGCAACUCAAAGUCCUCAUCACACAGGCCAAACAAACCAGUCAGAGCGCAGCGCAUGCCCCCAUCAGCCCAGAGAAAUACAGAAAAGAGUCCUUUCAGAGUCAGCUGUCACUCAGUGAAGAAACCGAGGGGAAAAUCAAUCAAAUUAUCAUCAAGCACACGGUGUGUGAACUGCGGUCGAGAGGCGCGUCCAGUGAGUGUGCGGGCUGCGCUGCCAUAAAGUCCCAUUACUGCUCUGGCUUCUGUCAGCGGAAGGACUGGAAGGAGCAUCAGCUGAGCUGCUGUCCCCCGAGCACGACUGUCAGCAUUCAGGAAGACGCUCAGAUGGCCGGUGUGGAGGUGGAGAAAGGGAAGGCCUAGGACCAUGACAUAUGAGGUCUAGAUAGGUGUUCACUUCCGUUCAUGUGUUUAGUUUAGCUAUAAAGCCUCGUGGUAGCAGCCCCCUUACACACUGUGACAUACAGAGCAUACAUGGAUGACGUCUGUACUUUCUGUACCAUAUGAGCAGUUUUACCAUAUCACUAUGGAUUUUGUAUGUGAAUAUAAUCCUUAAAGCAGUAGUUCACCAAAAAUCAUUUACUCACAAUUAUGUUUUUCCAAGUCUGUAUGACUUUUUGAACACAAUGUGUUGUCCAAGCUCACAAUUUCCAUAAAAUGAAGACAUAAAAUGAACAGUUUUUAAGCUCCUAAAAGGAAAAAUAAAAACAUAAAAGUAAUCCACGUACCUGAAAUUGAAGAUAAUCAUUCCGUUGUAGCUCUCAAAUUUAUGAAAGCUUGUUUCUGCCACAAGAAAAAAAGGGUAAUUGGGAUUUUUUUUUCUUUU